GUUUUUAGUACAGUACUUAUUGUAAUGUGUGCCACAUAUUAGCGCCCUACUUGCUGGCAUAGUUUAUUGAUUAAUCUUCCUAAGAGGACAAAUCUCCUCUGGAGCAUAUGAACGAACGUGACUAAGAGUUUGACGCUGACCCACAAUUCUUUGCGCUAUGAAUGCGGUCACUUUUGGUUACUUUGCUUCCCCCUGAUUUUUGUAAAGCAAAUGUUUUGGACGUUUUACUUGAGUUGUCUUUGAGCAGGCAGAGCUGACCGUAAAUAAUAAACCCAGGAGUCUAUGAGCUCCUCUCAUUGCUGGAAAAGAUGGCUCACCUCUCAGCGCUUUUCAAGUAUGUGGAUGAACACCAGGAUUUGUAUGUGCAGCGCCUAGCAGAAUGGGUGGGUGUUCCGAGUGUGUCUGCUUGGCCAGAGAAGCGUGGGGAGAUCAAGAAGAUGAUGGAGAUGGCAGCCAAGGACAUUGAGAGGCUUGGGGGCACAGUGGAGAUGGUGGACAUCGGCAAACAGAAGCUUCCCUCUGGAGAGGAGAUCCCCCUACCUCCUAUUGUCCUGGGACAUCUGGGGUCGAACCCAGGCAAGAAAACCGUGUGCAUCUACGGUCACCUUGAUGUCCAGCCAGCAAAUCUCGAUGACGGUUGGGAUACAGAACCUUUCGUUCUAGCGGAGAGAGAUGGUAAGCUCUAUGGAAGAGGUUCCACUGAUGACAAGGGUCCGGUGUUGGCCUGGUUUAACUGCAUUGAGGCCUAUCAGAAGAUCCAGCAGGAGCUUCCCAUCAACAUCAAAUUCUGCUUCGAGGGUAUGGAGGAGUCUGGAUCUGAGGGCCUGGAUGAGCUGGUCUUUUCUCGAAAAGACACCUUCUUUAAAGAUGUGGACUAUGUCUGCAUCUCUGACAACUACUGGCUGGGCAAGACUAAACCCUGCAUCACCUAUGGUCUGAGAGGAAUCUGCUACUUCUGCAUCCAGGUGGAGUGUUGUGACAAGGACCUGCACUCAGGGGUGUUUGGCGGCUCUGUCCAUGAAGCUAUGACUGACCUUAUAGCACUUAUGGGCUCUCUGGUAGGCAGGAAGGGGAAGAUCUUAAUUCCCGGGAUAUAUGAUGACGUGGCCCCUCUGACAGAAGAGGAGAAAAAAUUGUAUGAGAAGAUAGAGUUUGACUUGGAUGAGUACUGUAAAGAUGUCGGAUGUGGACAGCUGCUGCAUGAGAGCAAGGAGCAAAUCCUAAUGCACCGCUGGAGGUACCCUUCUCUAUCUCUUCAUGGAAUUGAGGGGGCUUUCUCUGAAGCAGGAGCCAAGACCGUUAUCCCACGCAAGGUCAUUGGCAAGUUCUCCAUCCGCCUUGUUCCUGACAUGGACCCCAAAGUUGUGGAGAAGCAGGUUAUCAACCACCUGCAGAAGACAUUUGCUGAACUGGGAAGCCCCAACAAACUGGAAGUGUCCAUGGGCCAUGGAGCCAGGGCCUGGGUCUCUGACUUCAACCACCCACACUACAUGGCUGGUCGAAAGGCCAUGAAAACAGUCUUUGGUGUAGAGCCUGAUCUGACCCGUGAGGGUGGAAGCAUCCCCGUCACACUCACCUUCCAGGAGGCCACAGGGCGUAAUGUCAUGCUGCUUCCUAUUGGAUCCAGUGAUGAUGGAGCUCACUCCCAGAAUGAGAAGAUCAACAGAUCCAACUAUAUUCAGGGAAUCAAGAUGCUUGGUGCAUACUUCCAUGAGGUUUCCCAGCUGAAAUGAAGUGUCUCAUCAAUAAAAAUGUAAAAUAAAGUCUAUCCUCACUGCUA